ACCUUUCACGCUAAACAUUACCACAAACACGACAAUUAAAAGAAGUUAAGUAAAUAAAUAGCACAAUUAAUAAAUCGAUAACCUGCACCUGAACUAUUUUACCUUAUCGAUAACUCACUUAUUUGUGCCGUGAAAAAAAAUUCAUACUGCAAUAAUCGUGCCAUGGCCACGUUGACACCAGCCGCUCGUGAAAUCCCUUCUUUUCCUGCCCCCUCCUACGGGACGAAGGGGUACCUCCCACCCGCCUCGAUUUCCUCCCUGGAUGAAUUAAUCGCCCAUCUUCGCGACAUUUUUGCCUCCCCUGAAGUCGACAUUGACCUCGUCCAAGCCGUUCUCCGCUCGUACAAGAGUAAUCCUGCAGACUGGAAAAAAUUCGCGAAAUUUGACGAAUAUCGCUACACCCGGAACUUGGUGGACGAAGGGAAUGGAAAGUAUAACUUGAUGCUGCUCUGUUGGGGAGAGGGGCACGGGUCGCCCAUCCAUGACCAUGCGGAUGCUCACUGCUUCAUGAAAAUUCUGCAAGGAGGACUGUCCGAGGUGCGAUUUGAGUGGCCUGAAAAACCAGAAGGACAAGUGGAUGAGGAUGAGAAUCACUCAAUGAAGGAAACGUCCCGAUGCGACCUCUCCUUGAAUGGCGUGUGUUACAUGAGUGACGCCUUGGGACUGCAUCGUGUCGAAAAUCCGAGCCACACCCAGCCCGCGGUGAGCCUUCACCUCUACUCGCCCCCAUUCUCCGCGUGCUCCAUGUUUGACCAGAGGACGGGUCACGAGACCAAGUGUAAGGUCACGUUCUGGUCAAAAUACGGGGAGAAAGUUAAUAAUACAUCGUCACCACCGCCGCAACCGUCGAAUGGAGUCGUUUCCUUAUCAGCGGACUAAUUAUUGGGCAAUUAUUGGGCAAUUGAUGUCACGCCAUAAGACGAAAAAGAAAGUAGCAAUCUCUUAAAAAUGUAGCGACGCAGUUAACUUAAAGGAGAAGGAAGAUGAUGACCCAAGCGAUAACCUGAAUAAUAUUUAAUUUAUAUAUAUACACUUAUCUUGCAGCUAAUUCAUACGUCCAUUAACUAACUAACUAAUCAACUAACUAAUAAAUAAAUAGUUUAUGUAUAUUACUUACGUACACGCUCCCUCCACAAAAAUAUUUGCAUAAUGUAUGUCGUCAUUCAAAUAAUUGUGAUGAUGACGAUGAUGAAAGCUUUAAUUAAAUGAAAAUCAAUGAAUAAUGAAUGGAUUUGAUUGUUUUGUUUUGCUGGCAAGAUAAGAACAUGACAAAUAAAGUGUAUGCAUUUUACUAUUAAAACUAACACGAACUGGAUGAUAAUAAAUACAAAUACCUGUUUUAGUGGAAAUUA